UCAAAGGCUGAAGCGGCGGCGCCGCCACAGUAUAACUCGUGGGGGCUGCGCGGCGGCCAUGGCCACAGCCGCCUCCAACCCCUACAGCCUCCUCGGCUCCGGCUCGCUCGCCCAUGCGGACGGCGCGGGCAUGCAGCAGGGGAGCCCCUUCCGCAACCCGCAGAAGCUGCUGCAGAGCGAGUACCUGCAGGGCGUCCCCGGCAAUGGGCACCCGCUGGGGCACCACUGGGUGACCAGCCUCAGCGACGGCGGGCCCUGGCCCUCGGCGCUGGCCGGCGGCCCGCUGGAGCAGCCCGACGUCAAACCGGGCCGGGAGGACCUGCAGCUGGGCGCCAUCAUCCACCACCGCUCGCCCCACGUCUCCCACCACUCGCCCCACGCCAACCACCCCAGCGCUUGGGGCGCCAGCCCGGCCCACAGCGCCUCGCUGGCCGCCCCCCCCGCCGCCGCCACCGGGCAACCCCUCAACGUGUACUCGCAGGCCGGUUUCGCGGUGGGCGGGAUGCUGGAGCACGGCGGGAUGACCCCGCCGCCCGCCGCCGCCGCCGCCGCGCAGGGCUUGCACCCGGGGCUGCGGGGCGAGGGCGGCGGGGAGCACGGCGAGCUGGGCGGGCACCACUGCCAGGACCACUCGGAUGAGGAGACGCCGACCUCGGACGAGCUGGAGCAGUUCGCCAAGCAGUUCAAACAGCGGCGCAUCAAGCUGGGCUUCACCCAGGCCGACGUGGGCUUGGCCCUGGGGACCCUCUACGGCAACGUCUUCUCGCAGACCACCAUCUGCCGCUUCGAGGCCCUGCAGCUCAGCUUCAAGAACAUGUGCAAGCUGAAGCCGCUGCUGAACAAGUGGCUGGAGGAGGCCGACUCCUCCACCGGCAGCCCCACCAGCAUCGAUAAGAUCGCGGCGCAGGGGAGGAAGAGGAAGAAGCGGACCUCCAUCGAGGUGAGUGUCAAGGGCGUGCUGGAAACGCACUUUCUCAAGUGCCCCAAGCCGGCCGCCCAGGAGAUCUCCUCGCUGGCAGACAGCCUGCAGCUGGAGAAGGAGGUGGUGCGGGUCUGGUUCUGCAACCGGCGGCAGAAGGAGAAGCGCAUGACCCCGCCGGGGGAGCAGCCGCAGCACGACGUGUUCUCCCACGGCGUGAAAACGGACACGGCCUGCCACGACCUCUGACCGGGGCUGCCCGGGCAGGCAGGACUGCGCGGAUAUAGCCUUUUGGUUUUUUUCCUUUUUUUUUUCUUUUUUUUUCUUUUUUUUUUUUUUUUUUUUUCCGCCGGGGGCUUUAACUUAUGGUUUCCGAGAGGCGGGAGACGUGGAGCGGGGGCUCCCCGCUCGCCGCCUGGGCAAUAUAUAUAUAUAUAUAUAUUUGGUUCUGUUUUUUUUUUUCUUCCUCUCUCUGACCUUUCCGCUGAUCGGUACACGGUGUGUUUACUCGCAGACAAGGUUUGUUUUGGUUUUUUUUCGGUCUCCGCUAGGACGAAGGAAAAAAAAUUAAAAAAAAAAAAAAGAGAAAAAAAAGAAAUAAAAAAAAGAAAACCCACGGGAAAAAAAAAAAAGAAAAAAAAAUAAGGAAAAAAAAAACCCGACAGAAAAGGAAAGACAGAUGUGUGCCUAUGAAUAACCUUCCAGCGCCUUGGUUAUAUCAGCUGUAUUUCAGGUGAAUCUGUUUUACAAUAGACUAGUUUUGCAUUUUUAAAGACUUAUAUAGCGUUUUUAAAUGUCUGAGGUGUUUUACUACAAACUGUACACAAUAUUUGUGACCUAAUUUGUAUCGAAUUGAGCAGUCCAAACGGUUCUCCCUUCCCCUCGCACCGGCAAUGUCACCCGCCGGGGACGGGGCAGGGUGGCCGUGGCCCUUCCUCCGCCCCCCACCCCCCCCGAAGAAACGGGGUUCCCUCCGCGCCCGCGGAGCCCCGCGGAGCCCCGCGCACCGUCGUGAGGAACAGGCUUAUUUGUUGCAGCUGGUUUGUUUGUUGUUUUGUUCCGCCCCCCCCCCCCGCCUUUUCAACAACUUCCCAACACGGUAAAACGGUCGGGGUACAAUCCUGACACCCCUCCCCUUCUUCCAAAGGAGAAAAAAAAAUAGAAAUAAUGAUUUCUAAGAGAUUUAUCCCAAAUUAAGCAUCACAACCAAACCCGUGGCAUUGGCCAGUCCUUUUCUUUCCGAAGAUGAGUUGGGCUUUUUGAGCAGCGCCAGACUGAGAGGUCUGUAGUAAAACACCUUGAUACUUCUGCGCUUUGGCUUCGGAAAUCGGUUUCUCUGUAUUUUUGUUUCGGGGGUGAAGAGGAAAGGGGUGGCUCAUGAAUUGGGGGGGGGGGGGGGGGAAGAGCGACAGAAAACGCCCGCAUUUGGUUCACGCUGAGCUUAUUUCCGCGCCACAGGGAGAUGCUGGAUUUGUUGAAAAGCUUUUAUUUAAAAAAACAAACAAACAAAAAAACCCCAACAAAACCAAAACGAAUAAGGAGAAAAACAAAGGAAAAGUCGCUAAAACCGUAACCAUUUUUCGGCACGGGGAAGUGCUGAGCGUGAGCCGCCCCCUCUCCUCCUGGUACCCAAGGACGGGGGGGUGCAACGCCCACGCACCCACGCGCGAAGGGGGGAGUGCUGUGCGGGGGUGCGGGUGCGCGGCCAAGCGCACUCGCUGCACCCGCACCCACCCCGCGGCCGGGCUGGCUCGGGGCCGCCGGGCCGGGCUCCCCCCGCACCCGGGGCUCCUCCCGCACCCAGGGACCCCCCCCCGGGCCGGGCCGGGCCCGGUGCGGCCCCGCACCGCGGCUCCCCCCCGCACCGCGGCUCCCCCCGCACCGCCCCUCUCCCUCCCCGGCGUUCAAGAUUUUUUUUUUUUUUCCUUUCGACAUUUCUAUUUUUCAAGUAUUUUGCAGUAAGCGCUUAAAAAAAAAAAGGAAAAAAAGAAAAAAAUAAUAAACUCGACACUGAGGACCUGCCUAUUUCUGCCAACUUUAUAACUGUACAGUUUUGUAUAUUAAACGUUUUUUGGAAGUUAUUAAUUUAAAGAAAGAUCAUUUAGUUUAUUCAUUUAGUAACUGAUGUAUAAUAAACGCUAUUUUCAUUAAAGGUUGCUUUUUUCAACUAUUUUAUCCAAAAUUGCCUAUUGCAGUUGCCAACAAUUAUUUAUUUUCAAUAAAUUCCGCAUUAUGUUUAAAAAAAAAAAAAGGGAAAAAAAAACGUUUCAGAAAGAAAAAAAAAAAGCCUAAAUGGGUGUCAGAAAAAAAAAAUACUAAAGAAACACGCGAGUCGCUGUAACGUUUGGUUGUCGACCGGGUUUAGUCAAGGGGUUUAUAUUGACGCAAUAUUUUAUUGUUGUAAAAGGUAAAAAAAAAAAAAAAAGAAAAUUAAAAAAGGUUUAAAUAAACAUUUUUACAAAAAGAAAAAAAAAGAAAAAAAAAAAGGAAA